ACAGAUCUCCUGACCAUGACCAGCCCUGGAUGUACCACACUCCACCUCCAUGGGGAAGAUGCAGCAGAAAUCACCAAUGUCUGCUCCCCUUUCUUAGCCAACUCCUAAGCACCAUCUAGAUCUGAAGGACUUCAAACAAAAUUUUGCACUGCAAGAGCAACUACAGUGCUAUUGACCAUUGGCACGACACCGUAGCUCUCCUACCUCCUCCAGGCCCUUCUCAAGCAAACCCCUUUGAAAUCAACAAGACAAGAUCGACCGAACCCUUCCUCUGUUGCAGCAGGAAAAGGUUCAUCUCCCCACAACAGCCCAGGCCAACGCACAGCCCAGGAGCUGGCUGAAAGCUUUACCACAAGCUGGCUCAAAGGGCAGCAGUGCUCCUUGCUGCACCAUCCUAAGGCUCCCAUACAAACAAAAUAGGUUGCUUUUCCCCUCACUGGUAAACCUGGGCCCUGCAAGGCUCAGCAGAGAUCAGAGAUUUCUCACGGAGCAGGUUUGCAUUUGCUCCUCCUGACCAUUUGCCUCUCCACUGCAGAGAGGAAAACUACCUCUGCACAGGCACUUCUGCAGCGGAGCCCAGCAGGACUGAGGACAUUCCUCUGCCUGGUGCCAAGGGGUUAAGCUCACAGUAAGUUCCCAAAGCCACUUGCUUCCAACUGGCUGCUGCCUGCGGUUUGUGGGAAGGGAUUUUGCUUUUUAAUAACAUUAUAAAUAGGGCUGUGUUCGGCAUGCUGCAAACCCAGUUACUCUCUCUCUCCCACCCAUCUCCCUCCUCCUCCUCCUGCUUCUCCUCUUCCCACCACACCGAUUUCAGAUCUGACCAUGAAUCGGUCAGGCUGCUUCCUCAGUGUCCUCAGCCUACUGGCAUGUCUUGCCUCCAUCGUGCAAGCGUGUCCCCCGAGCUGCCACUGCCACGGCGGGGACCUGCAGCACGUCAUCUGCGACAACGCUGGGUUGAAGAAGAUCCCCAAGGUGCCUGAGCAAACACGGCUUCUCAACCUGCAGAAGAACAAUUUCCCUGUUCUGCCGACCAAUGGCUUCCGGGACAUGAAAAAGCUGGUGUCCCUUCAUCUCCAGGGCUCACGGAUCAAGGAGAUCUCAACCGGAGCCUUCAGAGGGCUCAAGAGCCUGGUCUACCUCUACCUCACUGACAACCAGAUCAGUGUUAUAAAGACAGGAGCCUUUGAUGACCUCUCUGAGCUCACCUACCUGUACCUGGACCAGAAUAAGAUCCCAGACUUAUCCAAAGGGAUCCUCUCCCCUCUUGUCAAUCUCUUCAUCCUGCACCUAGGCAGCAAUAAAAUCCGGGAGCUGAAAGCAGGGGUCUUCAGUGGUGCUAAAGACCUGCGCUGGCUCUUCCUCUCCGACAACGCCCUCACCAACCUCCUGCCCGGGGCCCUGGAGGACGUCGAAAACCUCGCCGUCCUCCACCUGGACAAGAACCAGCUGAGCAGCUAUCCCGUGAGUGCAAUGAGUAAGCUGAGAGUGCUGGAGGAACUGAAGCUUUCCCACAACCCAAUUGAGGUGAUUCCCGACAACGCUUUCCAGUCCUUUGGGCGUUACAUGCAGACUCUCCAUCUGGACAACAUGAAACUGAAAAAGUUUGCAGACAACGCGUUUGCCGGCGUGACCGUUCUGAAGACAGCUCACCUCGAGAACAACCGGCUCACCCAGCUGCCCCGCAACUUCCCCUUCGACAAGAUGGAGACCCUGACGCUCUCCAGGAACGCCUGGCACUGCAACUGCCAGCUGGCACAUCUGCGCAAGUGGCUGAAAGGCAAUCGCACCCGCACGGACGACACGUGCUCCACGCCCGCACAGUACCGGGGCCAGUCCAUCAGGGACACCCCCGCCCUCCGCACCUGCAAGCUGCCCACCAAGAGGUCCAGGAAGGGAAGCCGCCAUUAAGCACGUAAGAGCGGUCACAGAACCAUUUCCUAAUGGUAGAUCAUGGUCAGUUCCGACACAGACCUACAACAAACCCCACUGCCACUAACGCUGUGGGGAUGGCUGUCUCAGAUAUCAUUAACACAGAGAUUUGGCUCAGGCCAGCUCACCCAUUCCCCUGCUGACAUUCCAUUCUGAGCUGCUCCCUCCCUGCCUGGAGACAACAGGGAUGGAGCCAGCCCCUUAAAGCAAACACAAACCUAGCGACAGG